AUGAAAUAUAAAGAAAAAACACUUAUUAUAUACAUUAUUUUAAUAAUAUCAUUAUUUCCAGGAAUUAGAGCAAUUUAUUCUUACUGCAAAUGUACAUGUUUUGGAAAUUCAACAAUCUUGCGUUUAAAUGAGUCAACAAUAAAGAAUAAACCAUGUCAAGACUGUACAAAGGAAUUUUGUCUUGAACAAAGUCUUCCAAUUUGUCAAAAUAUACAAUUUAAGAAUCCAGAAGAUUUGAUAGAAAAUACAGAUAUAUCCACUAUAUGUUUUCGUACGAAUAAGGGAAAAAUAAUGAAUAAUAUUAAUGGUUUUAUAGAAAGGGAAUCUAUAAAAGAUAUGACAUUUAUAUAUAUAUUUAUUAUUAUUACUGGAAUACUUCUAAUUUUAGCACCCUUACGACCCUAUACAACUCGAUUCUUAAAAAAAAUUCGUCGAUAA